CGCCUCAUUCUGGACAAGGUUCUUCUAUAUGAGGUCUAGUCUUGAUAUUCGUCACAUUCGUUUGCAUGCAGUGGUCCCGGGGAUCCUCCCUGGCCUUUCUGAUCCUUGCCGACUAUUCAGACACUACCACCAGUAGAAACGUUGUCCAGACGCCAGCGUCGAUCGUCCUGAUUCGUGGACCUUGUCAAAUUCCUCCAGGGCUGGCCGAACACGGGUUCUUGGUAUUCGACUUGUCCGCGAACCUACAUGUGGUUUCAAAGGCGCGAGAUUCGAGUGUCCAAGGGAAGCAACACAACCCGACGUCUGUUCCUGCAUUGACCAGGCUGCCUGCGCUCAACUCACACCAAGCGUCUCGGCGUUGAUUGGAGCAUGUUGGUCCUGUGAAAAGAUCCGACCUCUGUACAAGAAGCAUCCAUUAGCCCUUUUCCCGUCUGGUUCACUUUCUCUAAUCUCAACCUCGCCGAUGACAUUGGGGAGCGUCGAACAUGUCUACGUCGGCCUUUGAUGACGAUUCCCUCAGCGCUCCUCUAUCACGUCUCUCUUCGGACGACAACGGGCCAUGGGUCAUUGUCGGCGCCUAUAUCUUUCUAGUGCUCAGUCUUAUAACAAUCUUCAUAAAACUGUUCACGAGGUUCAAAGCCACAAAUCAUCUAACGCUCAACGACUGCUUCAUCAUCACAGCAGCAUUCUUUGCUCUGGGUGAGACCAUUACAAUCACCAUCGCUGAGAAUUAUGGCCUCGGUAAGAAGCGACAGAAAGUCUCGGAUUCGGACUUCGAGAUCUUUGAGAAGGCCAUGUACGCCGCAAAUAUCCUGCUAGUAGGAGCACUCGCUGCUUCCCAGGCAUCCCUCACUUUCCUGGUCAUCGCAAUCAACCCGACAAGGAAACUACUUAUCUCUUGCUACUCCAUUCUCGGGUUUCUGGGGGCAUGGACACUAGCCAGUAUUCCUGCCCUUGCUUUUCAGUGCAACUUGCCCCGUCCUUGGAAUUACGGCAGCAAUAAAUGCGUCGACCGGUUUGCGCUCAAUGUCGGCAUCUACAGCUUCAACAUACUGGGCGACGUUCUUAUCGUGAUUGUUCCUUUCGCCAUGAUGCAGAAGGUUCAGGUCUCCUCGAGCAAGCGCUUCGUGGUUACUGCGCUUUUCGCGUCGAGACUCAGUGUCCCAGCCUUCACCAUCGCUAUGCUGGUCUUCAAGAAACGCGAAAUCAUAUCCCGCCGCGACGACCCGACCUGGAACGCACUUGUACCCCAAGUUUUUGCACAAAUCAUGAUGAACGUCUCUAUCAUCGCGGCGUGCAUUCCUUCGCUCAAGCCUUUCCUCGCCGAUAUCAAACCCGGUCUUAUCGUGGUCAACAUACCCGAGCAUGAAUUGACGGCAUCAUUCGUGCGCCACUCAAGGAGCAGGAGCGAGAGCAAAGGAAGGACUCUCAAGUCGCAGGGUCUUUCAAAGCUGGCCAGCAGGCUGGGCAUCACAAGCCGCGGAAUGAGCAAUAUGAACACAAGCAGUGGCAACUCUGGCUUAUGGGGAGAAAAACAAAGAGAAGCAGUAAACACUAUGGAACGAGGAUACAACCGGCCCAAUGCCACCAAAGCAAGCAGCAAGGUGGAAAACGACCGCAGCGAGAGCGUCAAAGGACUGACAGACGACAUCAUUCUGCACACCAUCGACUACAAGGUCGAGUACGAAGAUCAGCACAGUGAUCCAGAUGCCGUCAACGACGGUUCGAGCGGUAGUCCAAGAAGAGAACGUUUGUAAAAUACCUCGACUGGGACAGUAAAUACAAGGUGACCAUUGUGUCGACAAGAGAAGGAUCGAUGUUGUCAGGAAGGCACGCGACGUGCAACUGCAGCUCUCUAGGCUCUGGAUUUGCUGCUGAGAUGGAUGACAUCUACAACUGUACAUUACCAUCAUGACCGGGGAAGCGAGCCGGCGCCUAAAAGGAGCUUAUCUAGACGGGAUAUAGGGAUCCUAACGUAUAUACAUCUGCUGAGCGGAAUUAUGUGA